AUAAAGUACCUUUCAGCGUGCGCUCACAGUUAAUGUAACGCGCGCAGUGCGCAGCGGUUAGCUGGUUCCGUCAAUUCUACAUUAGGUGAAGGGUAAAGGGGCCGAUUGGAAUAGCAUAGCAAGCAGCAGUUGGUGCCGAGAUGUGGCCGAGAACGGCCGCGUUGCUGCUGAUUUUGAAGCUUGUGUCACGCUGCCAUUGCACCAGCAAUGCUCGUCCACAAGUUUUGACGCCACUCGGCCCAAUUGAAGGUGUGUGGAUGACCUCGGAAUUAGGCACCAGUUAUGCUGCAUUCCUGGGAGUCCCCUUCGCGCAACCACCACUCGGAAAGCUUAGGUUUCAAUUGGCUCAACCGGUGCAGCCGUGGAAAGGAAUAUGGGAUGCAAGUACAAUCGCGCCUCAGUGUCUCACUUGGGAUCACCGAAUGCACCCAAUGGACAACCAGGCCAUAAAGGGCUACGAAGACUGUCUCUACCUCAACAUAUACAGUCCAGUCAAAAAGGAGGACAAAAAAGCGCCGGUGGUUGUUUUCAUCCAUGCGGGCGCCUUUAUGUUUGGAACAAGCAACCAAUAUGGCGCAAAAUUUUUGGCCGAUAGAGGAGUUGUUUUAGUCACGAUUAACUACCGCGUUGGGCCUUUAGGUUUCUUGAGUUUUGGCGACGACGUUUUGCCUGGCAAUAAUGGCUUAAAGGAUCAGGUCGAAGCCCUGAGAUGGGUUAAGAGGCACAUAGAGCUAUUUGGAGGUGAUCCGGACAAUGUGACUCUCGUGGGUCUCUCUGCUGGCGGCUCCAGCGUCCACUUCCACUACCUUUCGCCGCUCAGCAGAGGCCUAUUCAGUCAAGGAGUUUCGAUGAGCGGCACUGCCAUGUGCAGAUGGGCUUUGGCGGAGAACAUGAGGGAAAAGUCGUUGCAAAUUGCAACCUCUCUAGGCUGCGGGCAAAAUGACUCGCGGCAAAUUUUGGACUGUUUGCGUGAAAGGCCGGCUCAGAACAUCGUUGCGCAAGUGGAGCACCUCCAAGUUUGGCAAUACACCCCCUUUUCGCCGCUAGGGCCAGUGGUUGAAGGAAAUUCCAAUGCCGCUUUUCUUCCUGAAGCGCCCAUUAAAAUGCUGGAGUCGGGAAACUUUGCGCAUCUGCCAUGGGUGACGGGAGUCACUGGCGCCGAAGGGUUGUACCCGUCUGCCACUUUUGUGGCCAAAGAGCACGAAAUUGCAAAGUUUGACGCUGAAUUUGAUAGGCUGGCACCAUUCCUUCUCGACUUCAAUUACACUGUGGCCUCUGGAGAGCAAAUGGCUUCAGUCGUAAACGCAAUCAGGACCGAGUACUUUGGGCAGGACAAGAUUGACUCGUCUAAAGUACGGCAAAUAGUUCAGAUGAUUUCAGAUCGUCUGUUUCUGGUGGACGCACAAAAAGCGGCAGAGGUGCAGGCAGCCUCUUCAAAAGCACCAGUUUGGUUUUAUUAUUUCACCUUUCGAGGCGAACACAGCCUGAGCGAUCUCAUGACCGGCACCAAAAACGAUUAUGGUGCCAGUCACGCUGAUGAUGUUUCUUAUUUUUUGAACGUGACUUUUAUUCCGCAAGAGAAGCCGCGGACAGGCGCCGACGCUCAAGUUCAAACACAAAUGCUGGACAUUUGGACCUCUUUUGUCAAAUCAGGCAAUCCGGCGGAAGGCAUUGUUUGGGAAAAAGUGGAGCCGCAGGGGCCACUGAAGUACUUACUUGUUGAUGCAGCUCCUUCAAAAAUGGCCCAGACAGAUGACCUGGGCAAUGGAAAAUUCUGGCAGUCGCUCCCAUUCCAAGAGGAAGAUCAAAGGACAGCUUCCUCAUUUUCACAAUCCAUUAAGGAUGAACUGUAAAAAAAAAAUACAAAAUA